CCGUUUAGUGGACACCAGACGUCUUUAAAUACCCAUCACUCCUCUCCACCCUCACCUCUCACCACGACACAAACGCCUUCAGACUGAAGUGGUCAGCUCCUCGGUCGACUCCUCCAUCCCACCAUGCUCCCAAGGAUCCAGAGAAGCAUCUUCCAUCUCGGGGAGGAGGGUGGUCAUGGCCACCGCGGUGCUGAGCAUCAUGGACAUGUAGAGAACAUUACUCAUAUCCAUCAUCAGCACCUUGGGGGGGAACAAAACUACGACCGCCGCCGGCUCGUCCGGCGAGGGCGAGACGCCACCGACGCCGUUGUGGGGCUACAAAUCCUCGUCCAGCACCAGUACACGCAGCCGUGCCACAUCGUCCUCAAGCCGAUGGUCAGCUGGCCGCCGGCGCGCCACCGCCGCCAUCCUCGCAGCUUCUCGAGGGCCUGCUGCUUCCUGUGCAGGAGGGUGCUCAGCCCUACCAAAGACGUGUACAUGUACAGGGGAGAUCAGGGGUUUUGCAGCGAGGAGUGCCGGCGGCAGCAGAUCUUGGCAGAUGAGGCGAGGGAGAACGAGGCCAUGGCCUGGAAGGAUCGCCGAGGCCUGCCGCACCAUCGUCGCCAUCACCACGGGCCACGGCCGUCCACGGCGUCGGUCCGCGGCGCACGAUUACUGGCGGUGGCCUAAUUAACUAGAUACCUUGGAGUGAACAAAACGAUGGAGAGUCCAUGCAUGAUGCUGAGAAGUUGCGAGUAAUUCAGGUUCAAACUAAAGGGAAAUAUAUGCAUAAUUGCAUAUGUGGUGAGGUGAAGUUGAGAUGUUAAAGCAGCCGGUUUAAUUUAACAAAGGCUCCUGACAUCCUAUUAGGCUGUUGUGAGCGGGCAUCCAGUUGCUUACAAAACGUGUAGUCUAUAUGUGAUUUGGUUCAUAAUCUGGUUGAGUGAUUCUGGACACAAGUACUCAUGAA